AAUAUUACUGUAGUUUGCAUUAUGGUGUCCGAGAUAUUAUCGAAACAAGGAACGAGAUGGUUCGAAUCGAUUCGAUCUGAUUCGCGUUCGAUUGAAUUAUUCGAUGCACGUCUCGUGUGCAACAUUUUUAAUUUAAGUUCGACGGCAUCGCGUUCUGUUUUUUUCUCUGGUACGGUCGAUUCGUGAAUGGAUUUCAAAUGGGACCAAAACGCAUCAGUAAUAAUGGUACCACAAAAUUAUAUGUUACUUCAUCGAAUAGAAUGUACAUCAUCGAUAACGUACGGACAUUAGGACAGAAAUUAGGUUAGAAAUUCUACGAUCAGGUUAUCAGUAGGACCAGAAUGAAAUUUAUUUACUGAUUUUCAAUACACGGAACACAGUUAUCAUAUAUAUAUGAUUCUAAGUCAUAUAACAUGAUUUUGAAUAACACGGAAUCAAUUAAUCGUAUUAUUCCAGGAUUUCAUGUAUAUCGUAAGACAAAUAAAAUUACCAGAAUUUGCGCAAACUGGCAAUAGAACUAUUAAUUAUCAAACAACGGAAUUUUAUUAUAGCCCGAAUAAAUCUCUUAAUAGACAGUUUUCCAAAAGUAGUAAUAUAUUACAAGCACCAAAAUUUGUUUUAAACAAAACAUCAAAUGAAAUAUCCUCUAGUACAAAUAAUAUAAAUGAAUCAAAGUCUUUGUUAUAUUGUCCUAUAAAAAAUACAAUAACAAAUGUGACAGAUACAAAAAAUGAAGUUGAAGACUUAUCAUCUGCAAAAAUAAAUAAUUGUGAAGAAGUACAUACUAUAUCAGAAGUAAAAGAUGUUACAAAAAUUAUAGACGAAAAGACGUAUCAAAAUAUAAAAAAGAAGUUUAGACCAUUAGUAAUCAAGAAUAAAAUUGCUCAAAAAAAAAAGACAAAUAUGUGUUAUUAUAGUUGUUUAACUUUAGGUAUAUUACCAGUAAUUGCAAUCAUAUUUGCAUUACUGUUAGAUUUAAAUCUACCCACAUUUUGUGAUCGUGCUAUGAUUUUUUCAAAUGCUAGUCAAGAAUUACAACAAAAAAUACAUGGACAGGAAAAUGCAAUUUCACAAAUUAUUAAUCAUUUAAAUCAAGAUUUCUUUUAUUUGAAAGUUUUAUGUCUCGUAGGUGGAACAGGAGUUGGAAAAUCUUAUACUGUCGAUACAAUAGCAAAACAUUUUCCUUUUAGAAAAGCAAUUCAUACAUAUAAUGCACUGUUAGAUUAUUCUAUGGAUAUGAACAUGUUAAAUUCAUUACCUUCAUAUCAAUUAUUUAUUAUGGAAAAUUUAAAAAUAAAAGAUUUGGAUAUCUUUUCUAAUAUACUAGACAUGCUAAGUCAAAAAAGAGAUAAAUGUAUUACAAUAAUAGCAAUUUUUAAUGUAGAAGAAAUAAAUGAUAACUUAGAAAGGAAAAUAGAUUUAAUACAAAGUACAAGUAAAAUUCAAGAAAUACUGAUUAGGAAAAAAAUUGAUAGUUUAAUUGUUCCUUAUCAACCUUUGAGUGAAGAAACAUUACAGACUUGUAUAAUAGAAGCAGCAGCUGCUAGUGAUUUAACACUUACAUUGAAUCAAAUAAAUGAAAUUAAAGAAAGCUUAUUACAGUUUGGCAGUGGCUGCAAAGGAGUCUAUGCUAAAGUACAAAUUAUUGAUAAACAUUAAAGGUCAGUUAUUUUGAAAUAUACAUUUUCUUUUCUCUAAAAAAAAAAAAAAAAAGAAAAUGUUCAAGA